AUGGUUCGGUGGAGGUUGUGCCUGGUGCUGGCCGUGCUGCUGCUCCUCCCGGCAAGGAGUCGCUCCAAGUUGGAGGAUGAUGAUGACGACGAGCGAAACGAGGAGGACGAUGACGAAGACGAAGGAGAGGACGAGGAGGAGGACGACAGCGAACAGGUGGAGAAGGCGGACACGGGGCCAGGGAGGCGGGCGCCUUCGAACCUGCUGCCAGUCAACUUGCCGGCGCCGAAACCGGUGCCCGUGACGCGGACCACGGCCCGCCGCUCCCUCGAGUGCUACGUGUGCGCGUACAAGGCGGAAGCGCAGCUGAAGGCCUGCCUGGACCCGACCAAAUACAGAGUGCACACAAUCACAUGUCACAACGUAGACGACAAGUGCUUCACGUCCGUGGUGUCCAAGGGGAACACUUACGAGGCGGUCAUACGCGGCUGCCGAUCCGGCUGCCUCGGCACCUCGGAGACCACGUGCUGCGAGCUGAACCGUUGCAACAACCAAGCGCUAGCCUUGCCAGUCAUAGCGCCGAGCGCUCUGAAGGACAAAUCAAGCAAAUCGAUUCCGCCCACCGUGUUCUUUUUCGUCACUGUUUUACUGUUGCUUCAGACGCGCCUUCCUUUAAGGGCUCGGAAGGCAGAAGGGCGCCGCGUAGGGUCACUCAACCUCGGCGGUCAAGCCGCCCUUCCGCCCAAU